CGCCCUCUCUCUCUCUCUCUCUCUCUCUCUCUCUCUCUCUCUCUCUCUCUCUCUCUCUCUCUCUCUCGAUUGGAAGAAGGAGAGCUGCUAGAAGACCUCCUUAUCAUUUAGAUCCAGAUCCAAAUUAGUUCAAGUGGGAGAGAUCUCCUGCUUUUUGCUGUGUUCUUUUAGAUCUAGGGAUUUUACUUGAAAGAAAGCUUUUGCACGCAUCAACGGCUUAGAUAUCCUCUUUCGAGGUCUAGAUCUUUGAUCUGAUGCAAUUGGAGUGAUUGCAACUUCUGCCUUGAGCAAUUUAUAUUCUCGUCCUGCAUUUGAAGGUAAUGUUGGAGGAGCCAAAGUUUUGGACUGGGGAGAAGGCUUAAGACAAGUUGAAGAAUCCUUCCUAUCCUCAGUGCAAGCAUCUGUUUCAGUUUCUCAGUGUUCAUCGAUCACCAGAUGAAAGGUUAAACCGAAUGCAAUGGUUAAGGACACAGCUUUCUUAGGGGCAUCACUCUCUGAUCAUCUCAAACCUGACUUCAAUCCUCUUAUCAUGAAGAGCAAGUGGGUGCUAGAGUCAACAUUUAGAAGUGGACAACUAAAUCCUGUUGGGGGAAUGGAGACCAUUUCAAAGGAAAGAGACCUGCUUGUUUGCUGCAUUUGCCAUCGCAAACACGGUGUCUGCAUAAAGUGUAAUCAUGAUGACUGUCAAACUGCAUUUCAUCCUACUUGUGCUAAACGUGUUGGCCAGCACAUGGAUGUGAAGACUAGUGGAGGCAAGUUUUUUCAACACAAAGCUUAUUGUGAAAAGCAUAGCUUGGAUUCGAAAAAGAAGCCAACAGGCCAGAGCUACCUGUUGAGGUUGCAGGGCCUACUACGCACAAUUCAAAUGGAGAAUGCUAGUGGAGGCAAUAAUGAUGUUGGCCUGGAAGUAGCAGAAGAUGGUCGGGCAGUGUUACCUCAAUGUUCGCCAAGCACGACGGCACCCAUGAUGACGGGAGCGACCAUGACUUUGUAUUAUUUGUGGAACCUAAUGUUGUGUAACAGUUUGAUUGAAUUAAACUUUAAAUAGACUGUUGUUAACUGUUUUGUUGGUAUUGUGGCUUUCAUGAUUGAUUGUUUCAUGAGUGGAUUGAAUGAA